GUCAGGAUUUACUGCACUAAUCGAUGAGGAUGAAGCUUGGUUUUGUGGUCUCUCUCCACCUGUUUUGUGUUUGCUAUCCUAGCGCUGGUCAGACUACGUGGAGCGAUACAUGAAUUCUGAUACUACCUCUCCUGAGCUUCGAGAACAUCUGGCACAGAAACCAGUAUUUCUCCCAAGGACUCUUCUGCUCUGUAGGAAUCUUCGGCGGAUUCGGAAGUGUCAACGUGGUCGAGAGCAGCAGGAAAAGGAAGGGAAGGAAGGAAACAGCAAGAAGACCAUGGAGAAUGUAGAUAGCUUGGAUAAGCUAGAGUGUAGAUUCAAGCUGAAUUCCUACAAGAUGGUUUAUGUGAUCAAGUCAGAGGACUACAUGUAUCGAAGGACUGCCUUGCUCCGGGCCCAUCAGUCUCAUGAACGUGUAAGCAAGCGUCUACAUCAGAGGUUCCAGGCCUGGGUAGAUAAAUGGACCAAGGAGCAUGUGCCCCGUGAAAUGGCAGCAGAGACCAGCAAGUGGCUCAUGGGUGAGGGGCUGGAGGGCCUGGUGCCCUGUACCACCACCUGUGAUACAGAGACCCUGCAUUUUGUGAGCAUUAACAAGUAUCGUGUCAAAUAUGGCACAGUAUUCAAAGCCCCUUAACUGCAAGCCAGAGCAAGUAACUUAAGGGUGUGUGUGUGCGUGUGUGUCUCUGUGUGAGCAUGUGCACUCACACACACUGAAGAAACAAGGAAGAUGCCUUUCAAGCCUCACUGGGCCUCUCUGGGACAUGGCCACCUGAUCUGUGGGUGGCUGGUGCAAAUUGGCACCAAGUGGGCUACCUUUAAGGAACGUGAAUACUUACAAAGGUGGAGCUGGAACUUUCCCCAAGUGGGUUUGGGAACUAGUCUGCCCUGGAGGGGAAGGAAAUCCAUGCAAGCACAGAGACAAGCAGCUUGCUUGCACACACCAGCAGAGCUAAGACUGGAGUCUUCUGUGGCCUGACCUUCAAUAAGGGAACUGGAUGCUGUUCACACUUUGGAUGAAGGUGCAUUUACAAAACAGACUGGGGAAGGACUUAAUGCUCAGAUGGAUUGUAACUGUGAUGGUCACUGCUCCUCUUCUCUACCCCCAAAAGGAGGAAAAAAAAAAAAACAGAUUUAAUACUUAUACCCUAUUCUCCCCCUCACUUGAGCACAUCUAAAAUCACACAUUAGGUUUUAACUGGGAUCUGCAGUUUGGCUUUGGAAUUGAUCAUCUUGUGGAUUUGAUCCCUGACGAAUCCCUUGCUACCCCACCCCUUUCUCUCUCCGUUGGUUCUCAACCUCAAGUUCAAAUGAGUCGUCCUUUUUAGCUCCCGUGGAACUGUUUUGUAUCUGCUUCUUUACUAGUCUACCCUAGUGCCAUCCACCAGCUUUACUCUGACACACACAUGCACACACACAAUUUUAACUUGCUUUUUCUUUUUUUGUAAAUAAUGUACAUAAUGUCAAUUUUUUAUUAAAAGAAAUAUGCUUUGAUGUGCUAGCAUAACUGCUCUAGCUUAUUGUGUAUCAUAGUAAUAUGUGGCUUCAGAUUUAGUACCUAUGAACAGAUGUACAAGACAUUUAUUACACUUUUUACCAAAGGGAGUUACCAUUGUAGUACUUUUGUGUAAAACUUGUCUUCCUCCUUGCCCCCAACUUUUUUUUUUUUUGUAAAUAAAUAAAGCUUGGUUCUUACUUAAGGAA